GUUAUGUUGUUUUUAUCUGCCAAGUGCAGGGAGGCGUCAGCAGCUUUUCUACUGACAUUUGAAAAAAACUGAUUAAAUUUAUUGGCUGUCAAAUCGUUUGCAUAGGUUUGAUUCUGCUUCUCUUUGGAAGCUAUAGCCCGAUUGAUAAUCUUCCAUAGGGAGCGAGAAUUGUUCUUGAGAAGUCUAACCUCAUCAUAAGUGCGUUUCCUUUCAGCUUCCCGUAGCAUUUUCUUUACUAAGUUGCGCGUUUCCUUGAAAUUAUGCCCGGUCGGUGAUGUCACGUGUCUGAAGAAAUCGUUUUAGAUGGCGAUCUCUAUACUUCAUGAGGUCCUUAAUUUCUUGAUUUACAAAAGGACAGGGUCUGCUCCGUGUUUUGAUAGAUUUUAUGGAACGUGCAAAUCCAGGAAGAUAGUUAGCAAGCGAUUGGCCUUGUUAGCUAAGUCUACUGUGAAAAGCUCCGCGCUAUAAUUUUUAUAGCUUCGUGUGUUUUUAUAUUGAGGGAUAGGUUUUGGCGACUUUACCUUUUUUAGAAAGUAGUAAUUUAGGUCGCCCAAAAUUAUAAUCGACUUGCUUAAUAUCAGGGCUCGGAUAAAAUUGGGUUUGAGAACCUCUUCAAAGGGGCUCAGGGGUGCAUCGUGUGGACGAUAUGUCACGCAGUUGACUAUCAACUUGAGCUUCUUGAACUGGACGCCUAACUAUAGCUGGUGAAAGUUUUAAGAUCGACUAUUAACUUGAUUGCGUAUUAUGAGAAAAAGACGUUCUUCUGUCACCAGUUUUCGGGAAAAAGAUUGUUUCCUUUGGCCACUUGUGCCUCAACUGGAGUUGAGAACGUCGUGGACUGGGUACAAAACGAAAAUAUAGCCAGUAUACAACUCUCCUACCCCUCCCCCGUAGAUGUCUCAGGAACGCGGUUACCAAGGCAAGUUCACAGAAAACAAAACAUGGCGGACGAAACGAAGGCGGUGAAAUCGUCUGAAAUGUCGCCUACGGUUAUGAAACAUGUGUCGUCUAGACCUGGAUCGAUCUCUCCAGCGCUUACUCAUUUUUCUGGAGCUUUGAUGGAGCUGGAUGAAUACAGACCAUCUAUUGCUGACCAAGUUCGUGUUGGCUACUUCAGUCAAGACAGAUCAUCACAAACCGAAGUAUCAGAGAUAGCACAACUUAAAGAGAUGACAGAGGUCUUACAAAAUCUUGUCAGGGUAAGUGCAAAUCACCAGACUUCUCAACAAGUUUAUAGGACAAAGAAAUGCAGAGAGUUUUAGAAAAGGAGCAAAACAAACGAGUUAGAUCGAACUGUAAGAUUUACAUGUAUGGCCAGCCAGCUAGAAAUUAAGACAAAAUCCGAUAGAAAAUCGAGCAAUUUCAGGCUUUAGUGGACAAAAAUCUGG